AUGGACGAGCAACGACCGACGAGCGCUGACGGGCUACCGGUGGACCGCCUGGCUGAUGAUGUGGCGCGGCCUGUCACUAAGGAUGAACAGAAGACCCUGGGGAUACUGUGGGAUUCUCGAGGGGACACGUUGAAAUUCAACACAUCUCUAUCAAGAGUCCCUAAAGAGGUCCGAGAGCUACAGCGCGCACCUACCAAGAGAGAGGCCCUUAGCACGGUGAUGAGCAUCUACGAUCCGCUGGGGCUACUGAGCUGCUACACCAUCACCGCCAAAGUUAUCCUGCAAGGUCUGUGGCGUCAGAAGCUGGAUUGGGACGAGCCGCUGCCGGCGGAGUCAGCCGAAGACUUCACUCGAUGGCUGAGAGACAUGGAGCACAUCAGCCACCUCGAGCUAUCCCGGAGCUACAACGGGGGGAGCUCCACAAGAAACCGGCAGCUGCACGUGUUCUGUGACGCGAGCAAAGACGCGUACGCGGCGGCCGUCUACUGGAGGCUGGAGCAAGAAGAUGGAGAAAUUCGAGUAAUGCUAGCCGCAGCCAAGGCUAAGGUGGCGCCACUGAAGACACAGACGAUACCACGACUAGAGCUACAAGCCGCUCUGGUCGGAGCGAGGCUCGGGAACGCCGUCACAGCGGAACACAGAUGGAAGACAGAUGCGAUUUUCUACUGGACCGACGCUCAGGUAGUUCUGUGGUGGAUACAGAACGGAAGCAGGAAAUAUACGCCAUACGUCGUACACCGAUUGGGAGAGAUCGCCGAGCUGACAUCCGUACACCAGUGGAGGCCUGUGAACGAGUGGCCCACGGAGAGUCCCGUUCAAGCCGAGGACCUAGAGGAGCACGUCGCCUUCCAGACCACGGAGGCGAGCGAAGUAGACUGUCUGCCAGACGUGAGCCGCUUUUCAAAGUACGAGCGCCUCGUGAGAUGUACGGCGAUGGUUCUACUAUUCAUUGAGAAGUGUCGUGAUCGCCGGGCCAGUCUCGACGUGCGGCACCUGGAGAAGGCGGAGGUAUUAUGGUACCGAAAAUCACAACACGAUAGCUUCGCACGGGAAAUAGAGAAGAUGAAAAACGGAGGGACGGCGCCGAGAUGGAGCUCCUUGUACCGGCUCAACCCGGUGUACAGAGACGGCUUGCUCACGCUGGACGGGAGGAUCAGAGCAGCGCAGGUGCCGGAUGAAAUGAAGAACCCAGUUAUCCUGGACGGAAGACACCCGUUCACGAGGCUGCUGGUGGCCAGGGAGCAUGCCAGAGCCGGACAUGGGAGCCGCGAGAGAGUAGUGAACGAUCUAAGACAGAAAUUCUGGAUCCUGAAGCUACGGCCGACGGUGCGGAGCAUCAUACACAACUGCGCCUUCUGUCGGAUGAGGAGGGCGCGCCCGAAAAUCCCGCAACCUGGAGACCUGCCACCAGAGCGUCUGGGGGCGUUCCAGAGACCAUUUUCCUACUGUGGUCUCGAUUGUUUCGGCCCAAUGAUCGUUACCAUCGGCCGGCGUCAUGAGAAGAGAUGGGGAGCGCUGUUUACCUGUUUGACGACGCGAGCGGUCCACCUGGAACUGGUGGCCACGCUGUCAACCGAUUCAGCAUUGAUGGCAAUGAGAAGAAUGGCCGCACGGCGGGGAUGGCCGGCGGUCAUGUACAGCGACAAUGGGACGAACUUCAGAGGCGCGGACGUCGAGCUGCAACGAGCGUACGCCGAGUGGGCGCCGGCUAUGACCGAGCUGGGCCUCACACACCGCAUGAAAUGGAAGUUCACUCCGCCAGGGGCGCCGAACCAAGGGGGCGCCUGGGAGAGACUGGUGAGGUCGGUAAAAACCGCCCUACUCACCACACUGAACGAGAAAUCACCGAAGGAGGAGGUGCUCCAGACCCUGAUGACCGAGGCGGAAUACUCCGUGAACGCUCGACCGCUCGUUCACGUUUCCGUGGACCCCGACGAUCCAGAGGCGAUCACACCUAACCAUUUCCUCAUAGGGUCAUCUACUGGUCAACCAUACGUCGGGCCGUGCGAGCUGGCCGACAAGAAGACGUGGUGGGUCGCGCAGGCCUUGGCGGACGAGUUCUGGAGGCGAUGGGUGAGGGAGUAUCUCCCGACGCUCACGCCCCGUGGCGGGGCCCCGAGGAGCGGCCGCAACCUGGCCUCAGGGGACUUGGUGAUCGUCGUCGACCCCGCGCUGCCGCGUAAUACGUGGCCGCGAGGAGUCGUACACCGUGUCUACCCGGGCCCGGACGGACGAGUGCGUUGCGCGGACGUGCGCACGCGUAGUGGAGUGUUCCGCAGACCAACAUCAAAGCUGGCGGUGAUAGAAGAAUCGCCGCCGGAGGAGCAGAUAGCGCCGGGAGAGGGCGCAGCGGCGGGCCGAGUCGGCCCGCAGUCGCCAGAACGAGUCGCGACGGGCUCAGCCAGCUCGUGCUCAGCCGGGCAGUCAGCGGCUCAGCCGGGCAGUCAGCGGCGGGCCGAGUCAGCCCGCAGUCGCCAGAACGAGUCGCGACGAGCUCAGCCAGCUCGUGCUCAGCCGGGCAGUCAGCGGCGGGCCGAGUCAGCCCGCAGUCGCCAGAACGAGUCGCGACGAGCUCAGCCAGCUCGUGCUCAGCCGGGCAGUCAGCGGCUCAGCCGGGCAGUCAGCAGCGAGACCGGCGAGCCCGCAGUCACCGGAGAAGGCUGCGUAGACCCUGGCUACUGCGCCGGGGGGAGGAUGUUGAGGACAGCGGUCUCGCACCCAAAAAAACACAUAGUGAGUGUAUACAAACUCGUUAACAGUGAAAUAUGACAAUAAACUCAGUGCAAAAUAAGUGUUUUUAAAAAUAAACUUUAGAAGUGAACUGUGAUAAAUCUGUGGCUCCCUAAGAGGUAAAAAGUUGUUAUUUUAAUAAAAUAGAACGUUAACUAAUAAGUAUCAGAAAAUUAGUGUCUGAAAUAUAAAUAGUUUGGAAAAUAUUAGGAAAAAUGUGCUAAAAAACUAUGUAAAUUGUAUUAACUUUUAUCUUCGCCUAGCUGUAACUGUGUUAAAUAUAAGUGUUAAUAUUUAGAAUAAGUUGAUUAUUGUGGAACGAUAAAUAAAGAAUUUCCCGAAAUGCGUUUCAAUUACCUUGGCUCAUGGCAAAAUAGGGAAAAUAGGGAAAAUAGCCGCUUCCGAUAGUGAAAAU